AUGGAAAUUGAUUACGACCCCGAUCUGAUUAGUGAACUACCCCAAAGCAUUAUAGAAACCAUUCUCACAAAGCUCCCAAUCAGGGAUGCCGUAAAAACGAGCGUCUUAUCCACCAAGUGGAGAUACAAAUGGGCGUCUCUUACCCAUCUCGUGUUCGACGACUGGAGCUCGGCCCACUACAACGAUCGGGGCCUCGUCCAGGACAAAAUCGUAAAUUUCAUAACCCGUUGCUUGUUCCUUCACGAGGGACCCAUCCACAAAUUCUCUUUGUGCAGCUCAUAUUUGCAGAGCUCACCCGAUAUCGACCAGUGGCUCCUCUUUAUUUCCCGAAAGGGCGUGAAAGAAUUAAUUCUUGAAUUAGGAGAAGGAGAGUGGUUUAGGGCGCCUUCGAGUGUCUUCUCCUGUAAGAAUUUGACCCGUUUAGAGCUGUACCGGUGCGAACUCAACCCGCCUUCGGAUUUUAGUGGUUUUUCAUGCUUGAAGUAUCUCAACCUUCAGCAGGUCAUGAUACCGCCGGAUGAUAUUGAGUGUCUCAUAUCGAGUUGCCCGCUUCUCGAGAGUUUGACUCUGUCCUACUUUGAUAGCUUGGAGUUGACCUUGCGGGCCCCGAACCUCAAGUACCUGAUUUUGGAAGGCGAAUUUAAGGAUUUGUGCCUCGCGAGCACGCCCCUAUUGGUGGCAAUAUCAGUUGCUAUGUACAUGACAGAUGACAUAGCCGAACACUUUGAGCUGAGCUCGAGUUGUAAUUUUGACAAGCUUCUUGGUGGGGUUCCCAAGCUCGAGAGGUUGAUCGGACAUAUAUACUUUACUAAGUAUUUGAGUAUAGGUAGCACUCAAGGACGUAGCCUAAUAACUUUUCACCACCUAAAAUUCAUCGAAUUGUAUCAAGUUAGCUUUGAUGAUGUGAAAGAGGUUGUGGCUGUGCUUCAGCUCAUUGUGAACUCUCCAAAUCUUAAAGCACUGCAGAUCUCAGGUUCAUCAAGCACAUCCUCAGCCGCGCAAGCUCCCGAUUUGCAAUUUUGGGUUGAGAAAUCACAUGCCGAUUGUACGUUUCAUCAGUUGAAAACCGUGAAGUUGACAGAUGUCUCGGGUGUGCCCAACGAAAUGAAAUUUAUCGAAUUUGUACUCGAACAUUCGCCUUAUCUUGAGGAAAUGAGUAUCACGCCUAGUCUAUACGUGACCGAAGGGAGACUUAACAUGUUAAUUGACUUAGUGGGCUUUCGUCGAGCUUCUCCACGUGCAUCUAUCAAAUUUAUUCACGAACCGGUAUGA